AUGGAGGCAUUAGACGGCCCGGUGUUGUUCCGCGUGGCGGACGCCACUGGCGAUGUUCUUACCACCAUCGCCCAACUCACUUCCGUCUCUCGCGCCUUCGCUCUUGUCGCCCGCUCGGAGCUGUGGCCGCGUUGUUGCCUUUCGCGCGCCACCCUUGCCAAAGAGAGCGAGUUGGCGGCGGUAGCGGCGGCGGUGGAGCGCCUGGUGCGCGAGGCGGGCAGCACCGACGCCCCGCAGAACGCGGCGAGUAGCCUGGCGCGGUGCAUGAGCGCAUGCUCGGGCGUGGCGCACGCCUGCACCAUCGCGCUCCGAGUCGACGCGGCGCUGCAAAUUGGUUCGUGGUUGCGCUUGGAGACGGAACGCUGGUGUAAGGUGGAGGGUGACAGUGACGCAGUGGAGGAGAGCGGCGUGCCGCGUGCAGCGAGUGGCAGUGCCGGGAAAGAAGGUGGAGCGGAAGCCGGCGAAAGUGGCAGCGCAAGCAGCACAUCGAGUGUCUGUUGCAAGGGCGCGGAAGGUUUGCCAACUGCUGGUGGUGCAGCCGUUGCUCUGAGUGCCACCACGCCCACCCCGCAUGCCGCCGCGCCUGCUGCUGCCUCUCCUCUGUCCAUCGGUCCUCAUAGAGAGGAGGGGGGAGAAAGGGAGGGAGGAGUGGGGGAAGGGGUGAAGGAGCGUGCGGCAGUGUUGAUGCCAACAAAGGGGUGUUGGUGGGAGCACUCUGUUGCGGGAGAGCCUUGUUGUGUGCUGCGAGGGGCGGUCGCUGGGUUCAAGCACUCACGCUUCCACUGGCUGCUCCAAGGCCAGCCCUUUUCUCUGAGCACGUGCCCCUUCUGCCAUUAUGAGGAUCACCUGAUCCACGCUCACCUGCGGGACGCGGCCGAGGUGGAGGUGCUGGAGGAUGUGUGCGAGGAGGAACUGGACGAGCUCAUCCCCAACCCCUUCAACCCUGACCCUGCUGACGCUGCUGACAAGGACGGCAAUGCCGCCCCGGUGGCGGCAGCUGCAAAGGGGGGGAAGGCGGAGGAGGACUCUGAGGAGGACGAGGACUACGAGACGGAAGAGUCCGAGGAGGAUGAGGACUCCAGGACUCCGAGGAGGACGAUGAGGAGGAGGAGGGUGAGGCGGAAGAGGAGGUGGGUGUUGGGCAGGGAUGGGACGAUGAGGACGAGUGGUGGGCAGAAGGGCGAUUUGACGGGGAGGAGGUGGAGGAGUGGGUUGCUGGGCAGGAUGAUGAGUAUAUGUGCUUGUGCCUUGGUGACUGACUGUAGCCCUUCUUGA